CACACAACACACGCACUACUCUAUCCAUUCCUUUGCCUCUUCUUCCCGAAUCUCUUCUGGGACAUCGUUGCUCUUCACCCCUUUCAGCAUUGCAAAGACAAAUUAUCGAUACAACGCAACUGCUUUUUUAAACGUGCCCUGCGCUCAUAGUUCAAAGCAGCAACCAACGCUCGCUUGAAAAUGGCUGCACUUCGCACCGUCGCAUCAACCUCGCUGCGCUCGACGCUUCGCCCCAACGCGGCGGCGACCGCCCGUCGCAGCGCACAGGCGCCGUCGCUGCGGGCUACACGCAAUCUUUCGUCGUCCCGCAUCGUCGCUGAGCAGCAGGGACCAGUCAAGGGCAGCCCGCCACCUGCAGCAGACUCGGGUGUGCGCACGAACCGCACCGCGCUCUUUGGCGGUCUGGCCAUCGCUGUCCUUGCCGGCGGUGCUUUUGCCUUCUUCGGCGACCGCGACGACCGCAAGAACUUGCUCGACGUCGGUCGUGGUGGCGCCCAAUCUGCCGCUUCGUGGCCCAAAGACGGCCUCGGAAGCCAGCAGGACUACCAGAAGGUGUACAACGCCAUCUCUGAGCGGCUCGAGAUUGACCCCAAGUACGACGAUGGCAGCUACGGUCCCGUCCUCGUUCGCCUCGCCUGGCACAGCUCGGGCACGUACGACAAGCACACCAACACGGGCGGUAGCAACGGCGCCACGAUGAGGUUCGCUCCCGAGUCCAACCACGGAGCGAACGCCGGACUCAAAGCUGCCCGUGACUUCCUGGAGCCCAUCAAGCAGCAGUUCCCAUGGGUCACCUACUCCGAUCUCUGGACCCUUGGUGGUGUCGUUGCGAUCCAAGAGCUCGGAGGUCCCAAGAUCCCCUGGCGCCCGGGGCGCUCUGACCGGGAGGCCAACUUUUGCCCUCCCGAAGGUCGUCUGCCCGAUGCGGACAAGGGGUCGGACCAUCUGCGAUGGGUCUUCUACAAGAUGGGCUUCAACGACGAGGAAAUUGUCGCGCUGUCUGGUGCGCAUGCGCUUGGACGAUGCCACUCCGAUCGCUCGGGCUUCGAUGGGCCAUGGCAGCACAGCCCACUCUCUUUCAACAAUGAGUACUUUACCCUACUCCUGAACGAAAAGUGGCACGUCCGCAAGUGGGACGGCCCCAAGCAGUUCCAGGACGCCAGCACGGGCGGGCUGAUGAUGCUACCGACGGACAUGGCUUUGCUGCAGGACAAGAAGUUCCGGAAGCAGGUGGAGAAGUACGCCAAGAACGAGGAGCUGUUCUUCAAGGACUUCCAGCGCGUCUUCUCGACGCUCCUCGAGCUCGGUGUGCCGCAGGAAAACUUUAAGCGGUUCGAGCCGGUCAAUGAGAGUGGGAAGCCGUAUAUGCUCAAGACCACGGCCGAGCAGGAAAAUGCCUGAGAGCGCAUCCCUCACGCGAGGAAGGGCUGAAGAAAGCGGUCCGCUAGCGCCUCACUUUACUUGCGCGGAUGGCAAAGGUAGGACGACCCCAGCAUAAACGAGCUCUUGCCCGCGAGGCACUGCCACGCCCAGCAGCAAUACACAUGCAUAGACACAGAAUUUCAAAAGUAUCAUCUAAAGUGUCUCGCGAUUAUCCAUAAUCAAUUUUAC